AUGCCCCUUUUGAGGAUCGUCAGGGCACGACUACAUCCCAGGCGAAUGGCGGCCCGUCAUUUGUCUCAGCGUUCAGCUGUUGCUCCACAUGAACGGCCACCAUGGCUACAGGCAGUCCUCGACGACGCAACGAGCCCGCCCAGAUCCUUCGCCUGGACUCUGGAGAACCUUGAGCACAGCGAGAGAACGAAGUCACCUGAUGAACAGAGGAUCCACAGGCGCAGCGACCAUGAGCGUCGUAUCUAUAUAUUGGGAGUGGGGAAUCUUGGGCGCCUUUACGCGGCCUGUCUCGCGCAGCUUGCCAAUCCACCUCCCAUCACACUCGUGGUUAACCGACGUAGCCUCCUUGAGCAUUGGGCAACAGACCCUGGGAUUGAGAUCACCCGAUAUGGUAUACCGGAGCGCGUGUCAAAUUUGGACAUAGAAUGGUGGACCGCCGACAAACCGUCCAUUGGUCCCGUGAGAGAAAUUGCCGAUGGACACCAGCUCGGCAAUCUGAUUGUUGCAACCAAGGCCCAAGAUGCCAUGCCACAGCUCGACUCUCUACGUCGGUACCUGGGCAGCUCGUCUACGGUUGUGUUUGUUCAAAAUGGUGUGAAUCGGCUAUGGCCCCCCCACGGCUCUGCCUACAAUGGUCAUCGGUUUCCGGGCGGGCAGCACCCAAAUUGGCUACAUGGAGUGACUAUGCAUGGAGUGUACUCUGAAGGGAUAUUCAAGAGCGUCCAUGCUGCCCCGGCUGACAUCACCAUCGGCCCUGUGUGCCCAAGCGACAAGCACCCCGAGAAGGCCAGCCAUCUCACCGAGAUGAUCACGAGGGCACCCCAUCUUGCAGCGCGGACCGUAUCAAGACCCCAACUCUGGGUGCUCCAGUUGGAGAAGCUUGUCAUUAAUUCGAUCAUCAAUCCUCUGAGCGCGAUUCUACGCGUCAGGAAUGGUGACCUAUUCGCCGACAAGGAUGGCGACGUUGUCAAGGUCAUGGAUGCACUCCUUAACGAAACGAGCAAUGUACUCCAGGCCCUGGUGAGACAGGAGAGUAGCUCACAGAUCCUGCAAGGUGACAAGGCAUUCGAAGACGCCUUGCUACACCGUUUCUCCGCAACAAGACUGCGAGAGUUGUUACAUCAGAUUGGAGAGAAAGUCAAACACAACAGGAGCUCGAUGUUACAAGAUACAGAAGCCGGCAAGCAGACUGAGAUCGGAGAAUUCAACGGCUGGUUGGUUGAAACAGCCGAAAUGUUAGGCCAGGGCCUAGACGUCAGCAGUCACAAGAUCGUGAUCGAUCUGGUCCGCAAGAGAGUGAGGCUCGAUAAGGACCAGCUCGGCACACAUGUGCUGCGCUAUUGA